AUGUCAUGUUUUCACCUUCCACAGACUACGCGCGAGGCUACAGAGACACAAAGCCGUUCAGACACAGCCGAUACGACUAAGGACACCAGGACAGACGGUAAAGGGACUGAGGACGCCAGGACAGGUGGCCCAGAGGCCGGAGUGGUGGUGCACCCCACAAAGGGUCCUGGUAGCAAUAUCGCAACGGUGCCUACCAAUCACCACACGUCCAGAAGUACCGAACCGACGACAACAGCCGAGCGGGCCGAGACUAUGUCGGGGAUGGAGCAUAAGCCCUCGGAUUCAACCGACACGGCAGGGGCCCAGUUCCUUAUUCGCUCAUUUCUAUUGGAGCUCGCGAGUAUCGAGCACAUACCAUUGGAUGAUAUAAAUAGCCACACCACCUCGGCGCAGGCACCGGCAACCGGCACACUCGAGGAGCAGUUUGAACCAGACUACUACAAGCCAGCCAAAGUGCGCGAGCGCAACACGCCGAAGGAAAACAGACCGCGGCUACGCCCUUUUCUCAUCCACGAGGUACGUCAGGCCGCUCUACAGUGUCUGAGUGUGUGUCUGCUGACGGAGGAUGCCAAGGACACCCCACCCACAGAUGGGAUAACCGCUGCCACGCAGCAACCACCACAUGCACAAGAAAACACACCGACGAACGGCCGUAGGUAUGAACGACUGCGUGGGUGGUGUCCAUACACCACAGCACACGACACAACAACCGCACGAGCGUACGAGACGCUGCUCUCUGCGUAUGUGUGGCGUGUGGUGCCUGCGGUGCACGGGUGCAUGCGUGGCAGUGGCCCACACCCCACACGCCACGCCGGGAUCACUCAGUACCCGGGCACCAAUCCAGGUGCACCCCAUACGAGUACAGACAGGGCUGUGGCCAGUACUGGAUUUCAGGACAAUUACUGUCCUCCGCUAGUGGCCGAUGACAUGUCCGCACGGUCUCUGACCGUGGUUCUGGAAACGCUGAUGGCGCUCGCGGGGUCGUCCGUUGUCCGUUGCCAUGGCAACCACACAGCGGGGCCUGGCCCGGGCGGCCACAAAGGUACCGCAGCGACCAUCUCUAGCAACACCCCGGCCACCGCCGCACCUAACUCACAGGAGAAAGGACCGCUCACACCACCACCCCAGCCGCCACAGCCACCCGUGUGUCUGUACGCGUGUGGACUCACGGCCCUCCGCCAUCCACUAACCACAGCCGACACACACACACUGCACCUGCGUGCCCUGCAGUACUUGUCCACGUGCGUGUGCUUGUACCACCACACCGCAGCGCGUGCGCAUUCGGAGGUGUCUGGUGUAUCGGUGAGCAUGUCUCUGUCCAGUGAUCACCGUCGGUCUGUUUGGGUGUACCGUGGCCGUGCCGGGGCUGACCCAGGCGAAACCGGGGGAUCUGAUUGGUCCACGUGUGCGUGUAAUUGCGUGCUGCAGACCAUAUAUAGACUGGUGCAAGCGCUGAUGGAGUACGAGCGCGUCUUGACCAUGGAUGGCAGCCUUCCGUUUCCUGACGACAUUGCGCAUACCACUCACGGCACAGAUGCGGAAGAGAAUGAACGACAGGCACAGUAU